AAUAUAAAGAAGCGGGGCAUGUUUUCAUCUAGUUCUUAUGUUAUGCUUAGUGAAACCUUUUAGUAAAACUUAAGUAGAAAGCGGCCACAGAUCUCCUCUGCCUGACUAUGAGUAAGUCUCUGAUCUGUAUAGUGUCGGUAUCCUUCAUCUGAGCGCACGCGUCUCCUCCAGUCUCUCCGCGCGCAGGGAGUAACUCCUCCUUUCGCUAUUUCUCUUGUACUCGCAUGGGCAUUACCACAAGCUUCGGAAAUCGAAACAUGUAGACCGACAGAUUUUAGGUCUUGAGAACAAGUUUUUAGUCCCUUUGUGUGGAAAUAACCGGAGGAGAGAUGGUGUGAUCGAGCGCUCGUCUCCAGACCUCUCUCCAAACAGGCUACAGACAUUCGCUGAAGAGUUUGAUGGAGAUCGGGUCGGAUGACAGCGGGAACUGUGGUUAUAACCGGAGGAAUUCUCGCCACGGUGAUUCUCCUGUGUAUCAUUGCCGUGCUCUGCUACUGUCGACUUCAGUAUUAUUGCUGUAAGAAGAAUGGAUCCGAUCCAGAUGCUGUUUGCCCACAGCCCCAGUUUGCCUGCAACGCAUGCAGCACAUCCAGGAUGGGCGGGGCCGCUUCCACCCCGCUCUCCCUGUCACCGGAGCUCACGCCCCCGCAGAGCUUCUGCCCCACCUGCUCCCCAUACAGCUCUCCAUUCUACAUCAGCACCACGGGCGAAACACGGAACGGGGCCGAACGCACCGCUUACAUGCCGUCCCUGUCUCUCACCCUUCCCUCUCUGCACAGCCGGCCGGACCUCUACUCCAACACACGUGCCAUAAGCACUGAUGUCUGAUCAUUGACGUCCUCCGAAGACACCCUUAAUGUUGUAAAAACAGAGCGAAUGGGGACCAAAGGACAGCCAGUACUCAGUUUUUACAUUUUAUUUGUCUAGCAGUAAAUUGAAGUCAAUAAUCCUAUAUAAUGUUUUAUAGAAACUGAUACAAAUUUGUUCUUCCUGAUUUUAUUUGACUCUAAUUAACACUGAAAAAUGUUAUUAGUCUGUGUUUUUGUCUUGUUUGUAAAUCUGAGCAUAUUUAAAACAAGGUAAACGCACUUGCGAAGCAGAGUUGUGCAAGAUAAGGCUUGUUUUUCAUCUUGAAUGAGUUUUUCAUGUUUAAUA